AUGGAGCUCUCGGCCGCCUGGCGCACGCUGAGCACCGGCCUAGUACCGCCCGCCGCCCUCGGCCUGGCAGCUCCUCGAUCCAGUUUGGCAGGGCCACCAAAGGAUUAUGACUUGCAGGUUGCCCUAGAGGUAUUGCAGCGGUAUGACUUGCACUCGGUUGUGGAGGAAUGGUUUUUGGAAGUUCUACAGACUGACCUUCAGGCAAACAUUGCUCCGGAGUUCUGGAACUGUAUUGCACAGUAUGAAAACACAGCCGAAGAGCCGCAGUGCUCCCUGCUGCUCCUGGAUGCCUUUUGUCUGCUGAAGUGCCGUCUGGACCCUUACCUGCACAGCAUGGACCUUCUGGAGAAAUGGACCAAAGCAGGCUUGCUCCUUGGGACUGGAUCCCAGGGGCUGCAGGAGAAAGUCUACACCAUGUUCAGGGCCAUCCUCUUCUUCUCCACCACAAAGAACUUCCAGGAGAUGAUCCAACAGUUUUACAGCCGCAGUUUCAAGAUCUACAUGAGGCAGUGGAAGAGAAGUGAAGACAAGUUGAACGAGGGAGACAACAGCAUGAGUGACAAUGAGCAAGAGAGUGAAGUGGAGGAUGGUGAACCUGGAGGAGGGGGCCUGCAGUGUGCAGGCUGCAACUGUAAGAAGGCCCAGUGUUGGUGCCCGACCGCCAUGGAACAGUUUCAGCAGCUCAAUGACAUCCUUCACAGGCUCAACCUGCUGGAGCGAGUGAGUGCUGACGCCGUCACCAACAUUCUGCACAAAAUGAUCGAGGAGCGGAUGGAGUGGAGAUGCCGGGGGGAAUAUGAACGCUCUUUUCUGAAUGAGUUCCAAGAGUGGAUUGAGAAGGUAAUUGGCUGGCUUAGCAGAGUGUUUCUGCAAGGAGGGGCAUCUACCCAUCCCAACUCUGAAGCCAACAGCACUCUGAAGCGCUGGCGGUGCCAUGUCCAGAGAUUCUUCUACCGCCUUUAUGCUAGCAUGCGCAUCGAAGAACUGUUCAGCAUAAUCCGAGAUUUCCCGGAGUCGAAGCCAGCAGUGGAUGAUCUGAAGUACUGUCUAGAACGGACCAAUCAACGACAGCAGCUUCUGAGCUCCCUGAAGAGUGCCUUAGAAAUGCGCCUUCUUCAUCCUGGGGUGAACACAUCGGAUAUCAUUACCCUCUACAUCUCAGCCAUCAAAGCCCUGCGGGAGCUGGACCCUUCCAUGGUCAUCUUGGAGGUGGCCUGUGAACCCAUCAGGAAGUACUUGAGAACCAGAGAGGAUACAGUGCGGCAGAUUGUGGCCGGUCUAACGGGUGAUGCCGAAGGAUCUGGUGACUUAGCGAAUGAGCUCUCCAAAGCUGAUCCGGUGACACUGGAGAAUGGCCAAGAGAGUGAUGAUGACGUCUCUCAGCCAGAAGACUGGGUGCCUGAUCCUGUUGAUGCUGACCCGGGGAAAUCAAGUUCGAAGCGCCGCUCCUCAGAUAUCAUCAGUCUGCUGGUGAGCAUCUAUGGCAGCAAGGACCUGUUCAUCAACGAGUAUCGCACGCUCCUGGCUGACCGACUGCUACACCAGUUCAACUACAGCUCAGAGAGGGAAAUCCGGAAUGUAGAACUGCUGAAGCUGCGUUUUGGGGAAGCCCAAAUGCAUUACUGUGAAGUCAUGUUAAAAGACAUGGCCGACUCUCGCCGCAUUAACACUAAUAUUCGUGAUGAGGAGCAGAAACUCCCGGAAGAAGAGAGGCCCCCAUUUAGUCUUGUCGCUGUUAUCUUAUCCAGUGAGUUCUGGCCACCCCUGAAGGAAGAGAAGCUGGAGCUGCCUGAACAAAUCAAGGAGGCCAUGGAGGCCUACUCCAAGAAAUACGAGAAGCUGAAGGCCAUGAGGACCCUGAACUGGAAGCACCACCUGGGCUUGGUGAAACUGGAUGUGGAGUUGGCGGACCGCACCCUUUCCCUCUCCGUCUCGCCGGUGCACGCAGCGAUCAUCUUGCACUUCCAAAGCAAGAGCACAUGGACUCUAGACGAGCUGAGCGAGGUGCUGAAGGUGCCUGUGACAUCCCUCCGGCGCAAGAUGACCCUGUGGCUGCAGCAAGGUGUGCUGCGGGAGGAGCCUCCCGGCACCUUCACUGUAAUUGAAGAGGAGCAGAAGGACCGGGCAGAGAAAGUGGUGCUGAUUGACAGCGACGAAGAAGGCGAUUCGGCCAUGGCCUCCCAAGCGGACCAGAAGGAGGAGGAGUUGCAGCUUUUCUGGACAUACAUCCAGGCGAUGCUGACCAACCUGGAGAGUCUGUCCCUGGAACGCAUCCACAGCAUGCUCAAGAUCUUUGUGAUGACAGGCCCCAUGGUGACAGAGAUUGACAUCCAGGAGCUGCAGGGUUUCCUCCAGAAGAAAGUGCGGGACCAGCAGCUCAUCUAUUCUGGGGGUGUCUACCGUCUGCCCAAGAGCUGCAACUGAGCUUUGUUCCAGACCCCAGGUCCUUUUGAAUGAUGGUUGACUGCCAUGGCC